UAGAAAUGCUCCCAGCCUUGAGCACUGGUCCGGCCAUGUAUCUCGUCUUCUUAGACUUGAGCAAAGAGCUAAACGAGCCGUACAAAAUCCAUUUUAGUCGCAAAGGCAAAAAAAUCACUCCCUAUGACGCUAUACAUACAGUCAAAGAAACAGUGUCUCAAAUCCUUUCUUCCAUCAGUAGCAUACAUAGUAUCCCUCAAGUGACCUGUUCAUUCAAGACCGAUAAAGUUGAUGGAUUUAGCGAGAAGCUUGAAUUAUUCCAACAAGUUAGUCCCUUGGCUGCGCUGAUAGGCACUGACAAAGAUAAGCUGAAGGACCCAGAGAAGGAAAUCAAGAAAAAAAGCGAAGAUUUAAAUGACAUUGUAAAAGAACAGUUUGAUAAAAUAAUGAUUAGUCCUGACGCUACUGAUUCAAAUCUAUUUACCGUAGACAACCACCAUGGAACUGAGCAGUCGGACAUAGGCCCACUUCGUAAAGUGUUAAGUGAAAUCUUUCAAACACGCUUCGAGAAUGCUUCGUUACCGAUUAGACCAAAAUGGCUUUUAUUUGGACUCAUUCUCCGAAGGGAAUACAAGAUUGCUAAUAUUGAAGAUUGUUUAGAGUUAGGAAAGAAACUUGAAAUGGAUGAAAAUGAAACGAAAUUUUGUCUGCGGUAUCUUCAUGACUGCGUUGGCACUGUCAUGCAUUACACAAGUGUUUUGAAUGAUAAGAAAAACUGGCUCAAGAAUCAUGUAAUCUGCUCCCUUCAAGUACUAUUCGAUAGCAUCAGUGAGCUGAUUCUUCCUUCUUUGUGUGUGCUUCGUUUUGGAGGUGCUUUCACUGAGGAUGAAAAAAAACUGUUUAGAAAGGGGCAAUAUUCAGCUGAAACUAUCGAAAUGUAUUGCAAAAAGUCAGGAAAUAAUGAACUUAUCCCAGCCAAGAAUCUUAUAUCGCUUCUUCAACAUCUAAACCUUCUCUCUGAAGUCGUUCACAAAGAUGUUAAUGACCCAAGCAAGUGUCGAAUCACCUAUUUUAUGCCGGCUAUCUUAGAGUGUGCUUCACAAGAGGAGCUGACCAACCCACCUCCACCAGAUGCCAACAACCCAGAGCCACUGCUCAUCACAUUUAGCUGUGGUUACAUUCCAACCGGAACUUUUUGUGGUCUGAUCACUCGACUAGUUUCCCAAGGCCCUCAUGGAAUUCUCAGAUUUACGUGGGAGUUAGUGGAAGAUGGUGUCAAGCGAAAUUGUGUAUCUUUUUUCAUCGAUAGAUCAAACAAGGUGACCUUACUAGCCCACGAUCGAUGCUACGAAAUUCAAGUUGUUCGCCAUCCUAAUGGCCGCAUGUCUCUUCAUGACCUUUGCACUUAUGUUUUCUCAGUGAUGCACUACACUCUCAAAAGCCUUUACCCACACUUGGUUCCUCAAAUUGCGUUCCAAUGUCCCUGCCCUGGUCACCAGUCCAGCCGAGAUAAUUUGUGUGUUUUUACUGAAGAUUUCUUUCUUUGUGGUAGGAAUCCAGUGACACCAACGAAAGACCAACAAGCUUGGUUGGGUCAGACUGUCUCCAUGCAUUGGUCAGAGUGCUAGCUUGGGAGUUCUCAAGUUCAUGAAGGGACAGUCUCUGGAGAGAUUCUCUUUCAAUUGGAGCAAAGUGGGAAUUGACGACACACAACCUCCAGCUGAUGACUGCAAGCCCA